UGCAUUUUCAAUUCACACCCCACCAUGGCUCAAACAUCAGAAACUCCAUUGACAGACCCAACCAUUUUAGAGACCUACAUCGUCCACGUAAACUCGCCCAAGGCCCGAGUUUUCUCCUCCGACGCUAAUGAUAUCGAAAACUGGCACCAGUCAUUUUUACCAUCGUCGUCUCGCUUGGUUUAUUCUUAUCGAAACGUUAUCACUGGUUUUGCAGCCAGACUGUCGCCAGAGGAGGCAAAAGCCAUGGAAAAGAUUGAUGGGUUUGCGUCAGCUCAGCCCCAAAGAGUGUUGUCAUUGCACACAACGCACAGUCCAAGUUUCUUGGGGUUGAACUUGCAGCAGAAAUCAGGGGCUUGGGUGGGCUCAAACUACGGCAAGGGCGUGAUCAUUGGAGUUCUCGACAGCGGAGUUAAUCCGAACCAUCCCUCGUUUAACGACAAGGGAGUCCUGCCUCCGCCGGCGAAAUGGAAAGGGAAGUGCGAGUUAAACGGGACGAUGGCAGCGUGCAACAACAAACUCAUCGGUGUGAGGACUUUCCAGUCCGAUCCAGCCGAGGGCCCGCUUGACAAUGACGGACAUGGCACCCACACAGCGAGCACGGCUGCCGGGAAUUUUGUGAGGAAUGCAAGUGUGUUUGGACAAGCCAAAGGCACUGCGGCGGGGAUGGCCCCACUUGCUCACUUGGCCAUUUACAAAGUUUGUUCGGGAAUUAGUUGUUUGGAAUCUGACAUUUUGGCGGGAAUGGAUGCUGCCAUGGAGGACGGUGUCGAUAUUUUGUCUCUAUCAAUGGGCGCAGAAUCGGUCCCUUUCUACCAGGACAAUAUUGCAAAGGGUGCGUUUUCCGCAAUACAAAAAGGCAUUCUUGUAAGUUGUUCAGCGGGUAAUGAUGGUCCUUUACAUGGUACGUUAUCAAAUGAGGCUCCAUGGAUUCUAACUGUUGGCGCGAGCACCAUAGAUAGAAGCAUAAGAGCCACGGCGGUGCUGGGAAACAAAGAGGAGUUUGACGGCGAGUUGCUUUCCCAGCCUAAUAAUUUCUCUUCUACUUUGUUGCCACUUUUUUAUUCCAGCACCAUCAAUCCAUUUUGUGACUUCGACAAGCCAAUCUACGGCUUCAAAGGAAAGGUAGUGUUGUGUGAUGGUGGCAGCUACACAGACAGCAACCUGAAAGGACAGUCGGUGUACACCGCUGGUGGGGUCGCCAUGAUAGUCACCAAUGAAAAGAAAGACGGCUUUACUACGUUGGCCAACGCUCAUUUCUUGCCAGCAACCGAAGUGAGUUAUGCUGCUGGACUAAAGAUCAAAGAGUACAUAAAAUCAACAACGACACCAACGGCUACAAUUGUGUUUAAAGGAACCAUCAUAGGGGGUAAUUCUGCUCCCAUCGUGGGAUCCUUCUCAUCAAGAGGCCCGAGCUUGGCUAGUCCGGGCAUCUUGAAACCAGAUAUCCUUGGCCCUGGUGUGAAUAUUCUUGCUGCCUGGCCUUCCUCUGUCGAAAACAAGAAGAAUUCCAAAUUGACAUUUAAUGUGAUUUCAGGUACCUCAAUGUCUUGUCCUCACCUCAGUGGCAUUGCAGCCUUGUUUAAAAGCGUGCAUCCUCGUUGGUCGCCUGCGGCUAUCAAAUCUGCAAUCAUGACUACGGCUGACCUGACAAACCUAGCUGGCAAGCCCAUUGUCGACGAAAGGUUACUACCAGCUGACAUAUUUGCUACUGGUUCGGGUCAUGUCAACCCAUCAAGAGCCAUCAAUCCAGGACUUGUCUAUGACCUUGAACCCAAUGAUUACAUACCUUACUUGUGUGGUCUGAACUACACUGACCAAAACAUCUAUUUCAUUACAAAACAUAAAGUGAAGUGCUCAAAAGUAUCCAAAAUACCAGAAGCACAACUAAAUUAUCCUUCUUUUUCUAUCACUCUUGGCUCUGGUGAUGAUCAGGCUUAUACGAGAACUGUGACAAAUGUUGGAGUGGCUAAGUCAUCUUAUGACUCAGUCAUUGUUGCACCGCCGGGUGUUAAAGUGACUCUCAAUACUACUAGGCUAGAGUUCUCGAAAGUGAACCAGAAAAUAACAUAUCAAGUGACGUUUAGCCGGGUAGCCACCAACGGAGAGGCCUCUUUCAUCCAUGGAUUUUUGACGUGGAAAUCUAGUAACAACAUACAAUUUGUUAGAAGCCCAAUAUCUGUGAAGUUGGUGUGA